UGCUGAUACGCUGUUAUGGGCCGGAGAAGAGCGCCGGGUGGUGGGUCACUGGGUCGGGUACUUAUCCGGCAUCAGACUCAACGAAGCCGCAGUCACCGUCAUACUGACUCCUGGCUGCAUACGAGUGAACUCAAUGAUGGUUAUGAUUGGGGACGUCUGAAUCUUCAGUCAGUGACGGAACAGAGCUCCCUCGAGGACUUUCUUGCAACUGCAGAACUUGCAGGGACGGAGUUCGUGGCUGAGAAGCUUAAUAUUAAGUUUGUGCCCCCUGAGGCUAGAACUGGACUGCUGUCUUUCGAGGAGAGCCAGAGAAUUAAGAGACUCCAUGAAGAAAACAGACAGUUCCUGUGUAUACCAAGGAGACCAAAUUGGGACAGAAAAACUAGCCCUGAAGAACUGAAACAAGCAGAGAAAGAUAACUUUCUAAAAUGGAGGCGCCAGCUUGUCCGGCUAGAAGAAGAACAGAAGUUGAUAUUGACUCCCUUUGAACGGAAUUUGGACUUCUGGCGCCAGCUCUGGAGGGUCAUUGAGAGAAGUGAUAUUGUGGUCCAGAUAGUAGAUGCUCGGAACCCGCUCCUGUUCAGAUGUGAGGAUUUGGAAUGUUACGUGAAGGAGAUAGAUGCUGCCAAGGAGAAUGUGAUUCUGAUAAACAAGGCAGACUUGUUGACUGCUGAGCAGAGGGUUGCCUGGGCUGUGCACUUUGAGAAAGAAGGUGUGAAGGUUAUCUUCUGGUCAGCUUUGGCAGAAACCGUUCACCUAAAUGGUGACUCUAAGGAUGAAGUAAACAGUGUUGCUGGAGAAGCCAACAGCUCUGAGUCUGAAGACUCCAGUUUGGACGGGAAUGAAAUUCCACACAGAGACUUGUUCUUGCUUAGUGAGGAGUCCGAAAGUGACGAUGACGACAGUGAGUAUGAGGACUGUCAGGAGGACGAGGAGGAAGAUUGGCAGACGUGUUCUGAAGAAGAUAGCAAUCCUGAGGAGGGGCAGGAGGAAGGGGGCUGUGAUCGGGACCAGAAGGAACACGGUCCUGAGGAUUCUGAGGCUCAGAGCAGAGCAUCACCAGAAAAUUCACAGAUGAGCAACAAGAGCCAUCUGGUCUCGAAGCAGGAGUUACUAGAGCUCUUCAAGAAACUCCACACUGGGAAGAAGGUGAAAGACGGACAGCUGACUGUAGGGCUGGUGGGCUACCCUAAUGUUGGUAAGAGCUCAACCAUCAACACCAUCAUGGGCAACAAGAAAGUAUCGGUGUCUGCCACGCCAGGCCACACCAAGCAUUUCCAGACCCUGUACGUGGAGCCAGGCCUCUGUCUGUGUGACUGCCCCGGCCUGGUGAUGCCAUCUUUUGUGUCUACCAAAGCAGAGAUGAUUUGCAGUGGGAUCCUCCCUAUCGACCAGAUGAGAGAUCACGUUCCGCCUGUAUCACUAGUUUGCCAGAAUAUCCCGAGGCGAGUUUUAGAAGCUACCUAUGGCAUUAACAUUAUAAAGCCUGGAGAAGAUGAAGACCCCUACCGACCUCCGACCUCAGAAGAGCUGUUGACAGCUUAUGGAUGCAUGCGGGGAUUCAUGACAGCACACGGACAGCCAGACCAGCCUCGGUCUGCACGAUACAUCCUGAAGGACUACGUCAGAGGUAAACUUCUGUAUUGUCACCCUCCUCCUGGAAAAGACCCUGUGGCAUUCCAGCAUCAACACAGGCAACUCCUAGAGAACAAAAUAAAAGGUGAAGAACUGAGGCUUCAGCCAGGCAAAACCCAAAAAGCCAAACAGGUUGAAAAUGUAGUCGACAAGACUUUUUUCCAUCAGGAGAAUGUCAGAGCAUUGACCAAAGGGGUCCAGGCUGUCAUGGGUUACAAGCCCGGGAGUGGCCUGGUGACUGCAGCUGCUGCGAGUGCUGAGAACGUACCUGGGAAGCCCUGGAAAAAACACGGUAACAGAAACAAAAAAGAGAAAAGCCGCAGGCUCUACAGGCACCUGGAUGUGUGAGCUUGGCUGAAGAGAAAUGGCAGCUGCACUGUGCGGGUGGACAAGGACUGAGGCCACCGCUGCCUGUGCUGCACCCCAGACAACAGCGCUGUGGACUGGACCCUGCUCUUGUGGAGCACUCGCCCCCGGAAGUCACCUUCGGAAGCACCUGAGGUGGCUACAGUAGUCAUGAGGUGCCCCAGAAGUCUCCUGCAGGAGGAUGAUGGAUGUGUGUAUAAACAUACAGAUACAUAAUAACUUUGAGGUUUUGUUAUUAAAAUUAAUUUGCCA